AGCUGCUGAUUAAGAUUUCCUAGACAGUAACAAAGCUGGCCGGAUCAAAGCAAAUACCGGCAAUACAAGAAGCUCCUGUAGACACACUGUCUAAGACACUGGCAUCGAUUCAAGGAGCAGCGAUCGAAGAGCCGGAAACAAGAUAUGGAAGUUAAAAUUGGAAAAAAAAAAUGGAGUUCACAAUAUGGAAAUCUGACAUGCCAACUUUAUUCUAUGGGUGCUUUGCUUAAAUUUCUCAGGCCUCAGGCUCUUCCGAAGGACACCUCCACUGAUGAAGCUUCCCCUUCAACUUCCUCAACAUCAACAGAUGCAUCACUUCUCAGUGCAGAUGUUUCCUCUAUAGAACAAGCCAAUAAUAUACCUGAGGGACAAAGUUACCAGGUGGUGGUCCCCGAAAAAAUCCAUUCCCAGCAUAAGCGAGACACACAGAGCAAGUAUCCGGACCUGAUCCAGUACAAGCUGCACGUGGAUGGAAAACCUAUAGUUCUACAUAUGGAAAAGACUGAAAAUCUCUUAGCUGAAGAUUUCACAGUGACCCGUUAUGGGGACGAUGGGAGUCCGAUCACAACCAAACCACAGGAUCAGGACCAUUGCUGUUACCAGGGCCGUGUGAAGGAAGACGAUGGCUCCACACUCAGCAUUUGUACGUGUAAGGGGCUUAGUGGUCUUAUUCAUACUCGGAACCGCAGAUUCUUGAUAGAGCCGCUGAACCAGACAGACAGUGGGGAUCAUGCCGUGUUCGAGACCAAUGAAGAGACUCCGAGAACCUGCGGGGUGACUAAUACUUCUUGGACCGAGGGAAAAACUUCCAAAUCCUCCCGAUCCAGCAACGUUGAGAAACAGAAUUUUCUAAAAUCUCAGAAAUAUGUCCAGGUCUACGUGGUGGCAGAUAAAACCAUGUUUACAAAAUAUAACCGCAGCUCAGAGAAUGUCAAGCAGAGGAUCUUUGAAAUGCUUAAUUAUGUCAAUGAGGUGUACAAAUCCUUAAACACCUUUGUUGCACUGACCGGUGUAGAAAUCUGGGAGAAGAAUGACCAGUUUGAGGUUGCUUCCUCAGCCUCUACAAACCUCGAUCGCUUCUCCAACUGGAGGAAGAACAACCUUCUACCAAGGAAACCUCAUGACAAUGCCCAGUUCAUAACGCACACUGACUUUGAUGGCAGUACAGUUGGGCUAGCGUUUGUUGGCACCAUGUGUAGCGAAUCCCACUCUUCUGGUGUAAUCCAGGACCACAGCAAGCUGUCCAUUUCUGUUGGGGCCACCAUUGCUCAUGAAAUGGGACACAACCUGGGAAUGAAUCACGACUCAAGCUCAUGUUCCUGCACUGCAGAUUCCUGUAUCAUGGCGCCAACUCUGAGCUAUAACACCCCAUACCUAUUCAGUUCCUGCAGCCUCAGCAACUUUCAGGAGUUCAUCUACGACCGCAUGCCACAGUGCAUGAGAGACGAACCAUCAAAACAAUUUAUCAUGUCCCCUUCAGUAUGUGGCAAUAAAUUCACAGAGCUGGGAGAAGAUUGUGACUGUGGCACCGUGAAGGAAUGCACCAAUCCUUGCUGUGAUGCCUCCACCUGUAAAUUCAAGAAUAAAGCCGAGUGUGCAGAUGGGGAAUGCUGUGAGAACUGUAAGAUUAAGAAAGCAGGUUCUGUGUGUAGACCGGCAAAAGAUGAUUGUGAUUUGUCCGAUAUGUGUACUGGAAAAUCCCCAGAAUGCCCCAGUGAUCGCUUCAUAUACAACGGUCGCCCAUGCAAUGAUGGCCAAGGGAUCUGUUACAAUGGACAGUGCCCAAUGCUGGAGAGCCAGUGCUCUCAGAUGUGGGGAGCAAGUUCAGCGGUCGGAGAGAAAAGUUGUUUCAAUGUUAAUACAAGAGGCGUCAACUAUGGGCACUGUAAGAAGGUAGACGGCAGCUACGUCUCGUGUCAACCUCAGGAUGUUAUGUGCGGAAUGCUCUUCUGCUUUGGUGGCAAUGACAAUCCCAGCGUUUAUGCUUCAGUCGCAUCAUUUUCAAGAUGUAAGGCAGUUCUGGACCACCGUGGAAUGGUUCUGAAUGGAACAAAGUGUGGAGAUGGACAAGUCUGUUCUGAUGGACGAUGUCUCAGUAUUAACAGCGCCUAUCGGUCAGCAAACUGCUCAGAAAAGUGCCCUGGACAUGGGGUUUGCGAUCAUGAGCUAAAAUGUCAAUGUCAAGAAGGUUGGGCACCUCCACACUGUGAUGUCACUUCAGAUAAAAAUAUUAUCAUCAUUGUGGUGGUCGUCAUCAUUGCCGUUCUUCUUGUGGUUGGACUCAUCCUAAUGUUGGUGUUCCGAAAGAGAUGUAUAAAGAGAUCUGGGGCCAGAGUGAGCGGUGCUACUAAUCCAGGGUUCCAUCACGCGCAAGUCAAGUCUAUCGUGUCAACGCCAGAGCUCAGCACCAAAAUUGUCUACCCUCCACCCCCUCCUCCAGAAAAACCAAAGAAAACACAGCCGGCAAGUCGAGCUGGGUAUCAAGGUCCGCAGUACUCCACGACAACUUCUGUUGAGUUCACUAAGAAUUCCCCGGCAAUACAAAGACCGACUGCUGCUCCACCACCCGUGCCCACCAGUAAGCCUGUUCUGCCCACUCCUCCACCAAAGGCACUGAAACCUCCUGUCAAGAAUUAAUAUGGAAAACUUGAAAAGGGCGGUGGACGUCCAUCUGUUAGAGAACUUUUUUAUAUGUUUAUUUUUUUAUGUUGUUUGUAUCUUUUUAAUGUUGUUUUCCUAUGCAACUUCCUUAGUCCAGCGUGCACUGAAAAACCAAGCCGAAACAUGGGAAAAUGCACUAUAGAGACUGCUAAGGGACUAAUGAAGGACUGCCCAGAAUGGUCCCAUUAUUCUACUCAAUGGUUUGUGUAAACAAACAAACAUUAACAAAAAAGGAAUGGACCAAGGCAAUGGUCUGAUAUAUCCUUAUACUGAUGGGGCAAACAUGAGCCCUUAUGAACAGCUCUUACAAGUCCCACGGCCACUCAUCGAUCAUAAUACUGGUGUCUUUUUAUAUAAGCAUCGGCUUGUUCUGAUUUGUUUCGGUCGGAAAUUUUGCCAUUUCAAUGGGGCCUAACAGAUGCAAUUCGGCAGUGACAAUAACAUUAGUCAAAUCACUGAAUUCCAGGUGUAGGUACCAGUCACAAGCAACUUACAUUGAGGUCAAUGCUGGCAACGUUGCAUGUGACUUGCAACCG